AUGGCUGCUCCUGAAGAGGAAGUAAAUACUAUUUCUAAUGUCAGUUUGCAGGGAAGAGUGAAUGAUGGUCGCCGUAGGUAUGGAUCAAGUGAUUCGCUUGUCCCGGGUCUUGUUGAUGAUGUAGCUUUGAAUUGCCUUGCUUGGGCUUGUAGAUCGGAUUAUGCUUCGCUGUCAUGUAUUAACACAAAGUUUAAUAAGUUAAUUAAAAGUGGGUAUUUGUAUGAGUUGAGGAAGCAGUUGGGAAUUGUGGAACAUUGGGUGUAUCUCGUGUGUGAUUUGAGAGGGUGGGAGGCGUUUGAUCCAGUGAGCAAGAAAUGGAUGACAUUGCCUAAGAUGCCUUGUGAUGAGUGUUUUAACCAUGCCGAUAAGGAGUCUUUGGCUGUGGGAAGUCAGUUGUUGGUUUUUGGUCGUGAGCUGUUGGAUUUUGCUAUUUGGAAGUACAGUGCAAUACAUCGUAGUUGGGUAAAAUGCCAGGGAAUGAACCAGCCUCGCUGCUUGUUUGGGUCUGGUAGCCUUGGUUCAAUUUCUGUUGUUGCGGGUGGCAGCGAUAAAAAUGGAAAUGUCUUGAAAUCAGCGGAGAUAUAUGAUUCUGAAUCAGGCAGGUGGGAAAUGCUACCUAACAUGCACACACCACGUAGAUUGUGCACUGGUUUUUUCUUGGACAGCAAAUUCUACGUCAUUGGUGGGAUGUCAAGUCCUACGGAAUCACUGACUUGUGGGGAGGAAUAUGAUCUUGAGACAGGGAAAUGGAGGAAAAUUGAGGGUAUGUUUCCAUAUGUCAAUAGGGCUGCACAGGCUCCUCCUCUUGUGGCAGUUGUUGAUAAUCAAUUAUAUGCGGUUGAGUAUUUAACCAACAUGGUGAAGAAGUAUGACAAGGAGAAGAACACCUGGGAUGUUUUAGGAAGACUUCCAGUGAGGGCUGACUCUUCAAAUGGCUGGGGCCUGGCUUUUAAGGCUUGUGGAAAGGAGCUUCUGGUUGUUGGUGGGCAAAGAGGUCCAGAAGGCGAAGGUAUUGUCCUCAACUCUUGGUCUCCAAAGUCAGGGGUCAAGAAUGGCACCUUGGAUUGGAAAGUUAUUGGAGUGAAAGAGCAUGUUGGGGUGUUUGUGUACAACUGUGCAGUUAUGGGUUGUUGA